AGGGUAGGCUUAGUUCUUACGUUUCAACUAUUUAUUCAUUGUGAGAGAGGUUGCUAUAGCUAAGGAGAGAAACAAGGAAAAUCAAUUAAGGUCUUGCAAUUCUCAUGAACUGUGGAGUCGUGUUGGGCUUCUAUUGUUGGGGUUGGGAGUUCUUAACUGCCCUUCUUCUCUUCUCUUCUUAUCAUCCUUAUUGAUCUUUUCCUUCUCUUCAAAACCAAAAACUUACCAUUCUUUCUUUUUAGAUAGAACCACCAAAAUGAAAAUAACAAAUAAUAAAGGGUUGUUGUUGGAAGGAGGAAGAAAGUCUACUCCACCGCCGUUUUUGCUCAAGACCUACAUGCUUGUCGAGGAUCCGGCUACCGACAACGUUGUCUCGUGGAAUGUCGACGGGACGGCGUUCGUGGUGUGGCAGCCGGCGGAGUUUGCUCGUGAUCUCCUCCCAACAUUCUUCAAGCACAGCAACUUCUCCAGCUUUGUGCGCCAACUAAAUACUUAUGGUUUUCGUAAAGUUGCAACAAGUAGAUGGGAGUUUUUCAAUGAGAGGUUCAAGAAAGGUGAAAGAGAACAGCUAAAUGAGAUUCAGAGAAGAAAAGCUUGGAGUAACAAGCAACAAGGAAAUGGAGCAAACCAAGUGACAGCUCAUGAUUCUGAUGAAGAUCAAAGGUCAUCAUCAACUUCAUCUUCUUGUGGGUACAGCACUCUGGUGGAUGAAAACAAGAGGCUUAAGAAAGAGAAUGGAGUGUUGAACUAUGAGCUAACGAGCAUGAAAAGAAAGUGCAAGGAGCUGGUUGAUUUGGUGGCCAAAUAUUCAUCACAUGCACAAGAGAAGGAAGAAGAUGAAAGGCCAAUGCUGUUUGGAGUGAGGUUAGAGGUUGAAGGAGGGAGGGAGAUUAAGAGGAAUAGAGCUGAGAUGAGUGAAAGCGCAAGCAUUAUGCUGUCUCAGUCAUGCAAAUAGAUCUGCUAUAUAUAUAUAUACAUACGCACAUAUAUAUGUAGAAGCUUAAAAGUGUUUCAGAAUAGAUGAUAUACUGAAAGGAAUAAUCAUAAAUUUGAUUAGUUAGCUAGGAUUCUUGGAAAGAGUGUUUGAGAAUACAAACGAAGACACCCUCGAGCAUAUGCUGUAAUUAUGUAAUGUGAAUUAGGAA